AUGAGGAAGGCUGGGCUCUGGGGACUCCUGUGGGUGUUCUUUGUCUCAGAAGUCAAAGCUGCCAUUGUCCCAGAGGAAGAAAGGUAUGACCUAGUUGAGGGCCAGACCUUGACAGUGAACUGUCCCUUCAACAUCAUGAAGUAUGCCAGAAGCAGGAAGGCUUGGCAGAGGCUAUCAGCUGGGAAGGAACCCUUGACCCUGGUGGUCACAGAGAGGUCCUCUACAACAUCCAGUGAAGUCCGUGUGGGGAAGUACACCCUGAAAGAUGACCCUACCGAGGCCAUGUUAUUUGUUCAAAUGACUGACCUUCAAGUGACAGACUCUGGAUUGUAUCGUUGUGUGAUUUACCAUCCUCCGAACAACCAUGUUCUGCUCUUCCAUCCUGUCCGCCUGGUGGUGACCAAGGGUUCUUCAGGUGUGUCCGUUCCUGACAUCAUUCCUACUACAAAGCCGACUGAGGUUCCCGUCCUCAUUACCACAAAACAUUCAACUCCAACCCGAUCCCUACCCAAGUCCACUGCUGUUGUUUCCUCUCCUGAUCCUGGAGUCACUGUCAAAAAUGGGACAGAUCCUACGAGUGUCUCCACAUACAAUGUUGUUGUUCCCGUGGUCUGUGGACUCCUCAUCAAAACUCUGAUCUUCAUCGUCUUAUUCGUUGUCACAAAGAGGUCAUUUGGAUGACAGAUCUUGAAGCUACACAAUAGUGACCUUCAGCCAUGUCUCUCACAGAAGGAGCUGACAUGAGGGGGGCUAUGGAGGAACUGUGACACAAAUUGAGCCUGUAAUCAUAGGUGACAUGUAAGGCUCAGGAUGUCCCCACCUGGUCCUGCCCACCCUCCUCAUCUCAUCCAUCAUUUAGGGAACGUGUUCUGCACCCUCAGGAAAGAGGAACCAAUUCCUAGAACACUCUGGUCUUUCCCCCUAAAUAGGUGGGUUUGUCUGAAAUAAAGACAGAGCAAAGUACUU